GGCCUCAGUGCGCAGGCGCGGGGCGAGCGCCGGCCGGGACCCGGCGUCCGCGGGAGCCGAGCUCACGCCGCGGGGAUGAGCGCCGUGGAGGCCGACCACUGGGCGUGGCUGCUGGUCCUGUGCUUCGUGUUUGGGUGCAACGUCCUCAGGAUCCUCCUCCCGUCCUUCUCCUCCUUCAUGUCCAGGGUGCUGCAGAAGGAUGCAGAGCAGGAGUCUCAGAUGAGAGCGGAGAUCCAGGACAUGAAGCAGGAACUUGCCACUGUCAACAUGAUGGACGAGUUCGCCAGAUAUGCCAGGCUGGAAAGAAAGAUCAACAAGAUGACAGAUAAGCUCAAAACUCAUGUGAAAGCCCGGACAGCUCAGUUGGCCAAGAUAAAGUGGGUCAUGAGUGUUGCUUUCUACAUAUUGCAGGCCGCCCUGAUGGUCUCCCUCAUCUGGAAGUAUUACUCCGUGCCCGUGGCUGUGGUGCCCACUAAGUGGAUCACUCCGCUCGACCGGCUGGUGGCCUUUCCCACCAGAGUGGCAGGUGGCGUUGGAAUUACCUGCUGGAUUUUAGUCUGUAACAAAGUUGUGGCUAUUAUGCUUCAUCCUUUUAGCUGAAAAAGAAGAUGAAUACAGCUCUGAUACUUUUAAAAAUGAAUUUUCACUUAGGUUAAAAACCUGACUUACACUGUUUUAUUGCCUUUUGUUUAUUUGUUUAAGGAACAAAAGAGCACGGGCUAGUUCUUUGGAUGAAUUCGCCUGUUCUUGGACUUGAUGUGAGAUUCUUAUAGGAAUUAGAUAUGUGCACUUGUCAUUGAGGCAGCAGGUUUGUGAUGAGAAAUGUGACAUUACAGGCAUCUACGCAUUGUUACUGGUGAUUUGCACACGUGACGUAUUUAAUUUUUUUUUUUUUUUUACUGAUUUCAGAGAGAGGAAGGGAGAGGGAGAGAGAGAUAGAAACAUCAAUGAUGAGAGGAAAGGUUCUCAUGCAUGAACCUUAUUGGAGAUCAAGCCUGAAACCUGGGCAUGUGCCCUGACCUGAAAUCAACUGUGACCUGGUUCAUGGGUCGCCGCUCAGCCACUGAGCCAGACUGGCUGGGCAUUCUCUUGGCAUAUGUUAAAGGUCACACUGCCAAUUGUACUUUAAAGACUUCACACUACUUGUAAUCCAGAUUAAAAGCAAUUUAAUAUCACUACUAGAAUUUGAAGAUUGGUGUUUUAAUCUCAUGCAGUAUCACCAAAAGAAAAACACUAACUGACAUUGCCUGUGCUUACCUUUGGUUUAAAAUGUCACCUGUUGAGCAAGCCUUUGUGGAGUAUUUUCACCUUAUUUGGAGCCGUUAUUUUUUCAUUCCCGCGUUUUAUAAAUGUAUUCGUGAGAUCAUUAUAUAUUGUUUUGUGUUUGAAUUAUGUGUUUUGUACUUAAAGCAUUUCCAAUAAAGUGUAUUUAUAAGCAUUUAAUAUUUGUCCUCCACAGAACAAAGUUAAAAAACAAAUAGAAAGCCUGAUUAAAUGAAUUUAAAUGGAUACAUGUUUGGCCCAUAAAGUAUAAUUCUGCUAAAUAUUUUUAAACACUUCUUUAUUCAUUAAAAGCUUUGCAAGUGCU